CAUCUUCUUCCCCAAAUCUUAAAACCCUAGGCCGAGCUCAAUCGCUCUUCUCCUCACUUCCACUGAGUUAAACCGAGUCAGCUCAGUUCGCGCCCUCACAGCGCUAGGAAAUGGCGGACGUGGUGCAGUACCGGCUCGAACGGAUGGUCAAUGAGCUCGAAGACCUUGAGCGUCGGGGCCUCUUCACGCGCCAGGAGAUCGCCGAGAUAGUCAAGCAGCGGCGCAAGUUCGAGUACCGCCUGAAACGGCCGAGCCCUCUCAAGCAGGACUUCCUCGCGUACAUCGACUACGAGACUCAGCUCGACUCCCUCCGCCGGCUGAGGAAGAAGUCCGCCGCCAAGGAGACCAAGAGGAAGAGGAAGAAGUCGGUCUCGGACUUCGCAGGCGUUGCCAGGAUAAUCGAGAUAUACAGGCUGGCGGUUAUGAGGUAUAAGGGGGACGUGGAUUUGUGGUUCAAAUACCUCGAAUUUUGUCGAAAGAGGAAGAAUGGGAGGAUGAAGAAGGCCCUCGCUCAGGUGAUUAGGUUCCACCCGAAGGUCCCAGGAGUUUGGAUAUAUGCUGCCGCCUGGGAGUUUGACCAUAACCUCAAUGUCGCUGCUGCUCGAGCUCUGAUGCAGAGUGGUUUGCGAUUGUGCCCAAAAUCGGAAGAUCUAUGGGUAGAGUAUCUGAGGAUGGAACUCACUUACCUUAAUAAAUUGAAGGCCCGAAGAGUGGCCCUUGGGGAGGAUGAGGGGGCGCUGACUCACGACCAGAAAGAUGCUAAUGAGAAGCAAUGGAGGGAGGAAAACCAAGACUUAUUCAUGUCUCUUAAUGAAGAGAGAGAGGGUGCAAAAGGGUCAGAUGCUGAAAGCGAAGAGUCCGAAAAGAAAUCAGAUUUGUUCCGAGAGCAAGGGUUGAAUGUUCUACAAACAAUUUAUGGUGGUGCAUUAGAAGCUCUUCCUUCUAGUUUUAGCCUUAGGAGGCGGUUCUUUGAGAUAUUAGAAGCUAUAGACUUGGCGGAUUCUGAGGGAAUGCAUGAGAAGAUUUUGACUGACAUGAAGAGAGACUUUUCAGCUGACCCAGAAUACUGGGACUGGCUUGCAAAACUUGAAAUUCCCGAACUUUCAACUGUGGAGAAUUUAAGUGAAGAGAGCAUGCAGCAUAAGCUGUUAAAAGCAGUCAAGGUUUAUGAAGAGGCAUUAGAAGUUGUGCCUUCAGCUGAUCUAUUUGAUCUCUAUGUAAAGUUUUUGAUGGAUAUAACUUUCCUCAAAGAAGGAAAGAUGCGGACUCCGGAACUAACCGGUCCUAUUGAGAAGUUCGUUUCGCAACUCUUGGCAGUGUAUGAAAAGGCAGAAACAAUGGGGUAUCUUAACGAAAACCUUGCCAGCAAAUAUGUCUCGUUAUACUUGCAACUAGAAAGAUUGGAUGAAGCUAGAGAACUGGUGGAGAAGCUUUGCAGCGGACAGUUCUCCAGCUCCGCGCAGUUAUGGCAAUUGAGGGUCUCCAUUGAAGUAAGAUGCGCUACGAGGAAACAUUCUUCUCCCAGCAAGGAGGACCUUUCUUCCAUUUUCCAACUCUUGAGGAAGGUUUUAACUGACAUUUCUGUUUCGGAAGCAAAGAGCUUGUGGCUAAUGGCACUCGAUUUAUUCACAGAUCACAAACAUUAUUUGGACAAGUUUGUGGACAUUGCUUUCAUCUCAUUAGCUAAAAACGGAGGCAAUGAAGAAGGCUUCUCUGUAUCUUCAACUAUGGUAAAGUUUGUUCUUGAGAAGGAUGGGAUUGAGCAUGCAAGAGAGAUUUACAAAAAAUUUCUCGCAUUGCCCCGUCCAUCUCUUGAUAUCUACAGAACCUGUAUCGAGUUGGAGCUGAACCUCACUUCAUCAGGUGAUAAAAAGAGUCUGGCAAAGGUGCGGAAGUUAUUCGAAGCUGCUCUUUCGACUUAUGACCAAAGCUUGAGGCUCUGGCAAGAUUACUAUUCUAUGGAGAUAAAGAUGGGGACAUCAGAAACCGCAAAUGCCGUUCACUGGCGAGCACGGAAGACGCUCAAAGAUGCAGCUGCCCUUACUGCUUUUAGGAAUUAUUGAUUGUACGUAUCAUGCACCUGCAGUAAGGACUACUUCGAUUCAUCGAAAUCCAAUUUUGAUCACCUGGGUAUCUGAACGUUGUUCUUCUGAAUGAGUUGAGAAGAGAGUAUUUAUGACCCCUUUGGCUCAAAAGGAAGUUGCACAUAUAAGAUUGCCAUUAUUAUCCUUUUUUUUUUCUUUCUUUUUCUUUGUCGUUAUUUUCCAUUUUCCUCACAUUUAAGAAAAUUUCUUCAUACUAUUUUGAGGAUAUGUAGAUUUUCAAUUGGUGUGGGGCUAUUGAAAUUGUCAAGGAUGCUACAAAAGUACCUCAAUUGGACCAAUCUGUAUUAUUAAUGCAAUUGUUGAUGAAAUUCCCAGA